AUCUGGUAACACUGCCCAGGCCGCAAAUGGAAUGGAUUUUCGAGAGCUCGAUAAAUUGAACUGGCGUUUGCAUCUGAGUAACAAUAACAAUAUCGUUAAUUAUAGUGCAAACCAACACCGCGGUCCUGAUGCGGCAGAAGAGCGACGCCCGGAGCUCUUAGUCAGCCAAGUCAAUUGUGGGACCGGUGUAAAGACAAUGGGCACAAACCAAAAACGAGCAGCAACAACAUCAGCGCAGGCCGUAGCGGUGGAUGAGCAGGUCGUUGUAGCCGGGGGAAAUGGCGCGACCAAGGCAGAGGAGUGCCCUGCAGCGACCAUGGCCGCAGAGGAUGGCGAUAAGGUGGAAAGUGCUUCCUACUGCGAACUGGAUCUGGACGUGGCAAGCUACGGGCUUGCAGCAGCUGCCCUCUCAUCCUUUGAAGCCGCCGCUUGUGGCUAUAACUCUAGCCGCACUUCCAUAAACAACUCAACCGAAAACCUGAGCUAUGCCAGUGACAAUUUUUACGGCGACGAUCUAAUUUUGCUGGACGACAACGACGUGAACGCGGAGGAGAUAUCUAUCAACUACGACGACUGCGUCUACGCUUACCGUGGUGAAGGGGCUGAUUUUGACAUGAACAUGGAGAUCAUCGCCACGGGAAGGGUAGCGGGGCAACAUUUCGACCUUGGCCGAGGACCAGUGAAUACUAUGGGAGGCGAUAGCCUCAUUUGCGGCGAAGAUGAAACGGAGUUUCUUGAAAUGGACUUUGAGCCAGACCCCUCAUCAGAGUUGGAGCUUGUUGGCGGAACCCACGAUAUGACCAUCCUUCCGCACGCCAAUUUGUUGUUAAUGCAACGCGACUAUAGCCAAAUGAACAGCAUAGGCGGAACUACUUCUACGCAGGAAGGACAGCUGCACAGCUCGCCCAUAGAUGAUUUUCCGCAGGAGGACCUUAUGCAGCAGCAAAAGCUACGCCUUAGUAAGAAGUUUGCACGCAUCAGCUUGAAUCUAGAUAAAAUCAAAGACGUUGGUGCUGGUGGAAGUGGCGUGGACAUAGAUUUAAAUGAGCUAAUAAUUAUUGACUCGGAAAAGCGAGCUGAAUCCUCCGGAAGCUUUCAGGCUCAUUCCUUGCCCAACCCAUUGCACACAGGCUCAAAUUUUUCGCGCAGCACUAGUGUCACCAGCGAACACCCAGAGCCUAAGAUGACUGGUACUAAGCCAAAGCGUUUUUUGCACACCUCGUCUGUGAUGACUAAAAGCUCCUCAUACAAGUCGCGGCGCUCUCAUCCAUCAGCUAGCUUCGACGAACGUUGCUACAGCUGCACUGAUUUCCGGGCAACAACAUGCCAGCAGCAACAGUCAGGGUCGAAGUCAAAGCAAGAUCAAGUGGCUCCUAUACUGGUGACUCCUGCGACUGUUGGGACUUUGACCACGUCUUCUUCGUGCACGGCCCAAUUUGACUUGGGAAUAACCGAGGAGAACUGCUUAGACUGCCUAGAAAAGGAGUUCUUGGCCAAUACCAUAGGCAAAGUCCUAGACCCGGGGACAUGUCCUAAGUGCCGUAGAUCAGCUGGCAGUCGGGGCAGUAGUAUUUCGCUUUACUCGCGGUCAGAUCAGGUUCGCUGUCGUAGCGGAUCCCCAGUAUACUUCGAUGGAGGUCCGUUCGCCGGCUGGCACAGCUUAUCAGCAACCGGAAUUGUUUCUGGUUCCAAUUUGGGUCCACCCUGCAACCAAAGGUUUAUUUCGUGUGAUAAUAGUUUCAACGGUCUACAGCUCCUCAAUCAAGGCUAUCUGACUGAGCCACUGGUGGCAAGUCUGUCUACAGGAAAGACGUGCGACGAGGAGCACCUAGUGCAAGCGCUAGAUAAACUGCGCGUACCCUAUGACAGGGAGCUACUUCAUGGCUAUUUCAAGCAAUUGGCUAAGCGGCGACGGACGGAAAGCAGUGUCAAUCUCAAGCAGCUCUUAAUACAGGCCUCAAAGCAGCAGGGAAACCAUCGCAAGCUCAAACGGUUGAUCGAGAUGGCGACCCACCAACAGCUAAUUGUACAAUUUAAGAGGAAAGCUGGAGGAAAAACUGAAUUGGUGCCUAUAAAUGUGAGGGACAUACUUAAUGCCUGGGCACGUUGUCGAGAUCUUUCCCUGCUUCAGCAACUAGAUGACCGCUUUCAUUGCGCAAACGUGAUGGGAAGGGUUGGUCACAUCGUGCGUCAGGCAACAGUAGCAGCAUCCACGCAAGCACAGGCCUCGUCGUCAACCUCCUUUUGUAAACGCACUCUGCCUGAAUAUUUAAUGAUCCCGCAGUAUUAUAUGAGUGGGGUGCUGACUCUAACCCGCAAAUGUUAGGACGUAUUUGCACAACCAUUUAAUUAUUUUCACACUAAGCCCCGGAACACAUCAUCUCUCUAGAGAUUAGCCCAGUUAUAUUGUGUAAUGCUUAGUCCAGUUUUAUUGUUUAAUUCUUUUUAAAUAAGUCAUCUUCCAUAUUAUUAUAUUAAAUCAGGUGAUCGCAUGGCCGUGACCCACCGUUUAAGUCGAGUUCACGAGUCUCUCCGCUCUAUAAAACGAAAAUAAAGAAACUCAAAGUUUA